AUGUCCUCGGACGCCGACUACGCUUCCUUCCUCAACAAGGCCAACCAAGACACUGGGGCCGCAGAGCAGCAGAGCGCGUCGAAGAAAAGCUAUGGCAGUAAGAGCGUGGACACUGAUGUGCCCAAGGUACUAGAACAAGUGGAGGAAUACUACACGAGUGACGCGGACGAACCGUUCGAACCGGUCGCACUGAAGUUUGAUGGGAGCGAUGUCAGCGCAGAUGACCUGAAGAAACUCAUCGGAGGGGACAAGGAGGUUGAAGAGGUCAAGCAGAAGAGCUUCGAGAGCCAGUACAAGACGGUAAUCGAUGCGGUGAAGAAGGCAGGCAACGGGCAGGUCAAGAUCUUCAGGGUGGAGCUUAGCAGCACAAGAGCGGAAUACUAUGUCGUGACUGCGGAUGAGAAGGAAGGCAGGAUUGUGGGAUUGAAGGCGCUCAGCGUUGAGUCGUGA